GCAGCGCGGCGGUUGGCGGCGACGCGGCCUGUCGGUGGAGUGGCUACGCGCUCGGGACCGGGAGGCGCCGGGCGAGCCCGGGUGUGCGAGCGCAGCAUGUCGGAGGGCGAGCCCAAGCAGGUGCCGAGCGGCGGCUCUGACUCGAAGCCGGAAUCCGCGUCGUCCGGCCCGGGGAUGACCUCGGUGUCUCCGCCGGUGACUUCCGCGGCGCCCCCGGAGGAGGAGGAGGAGGAGGAGGAGAGCGAGGACGAGUCCGAGAUCCUCGAGGAGUCUCCGUGCGGCCGCUGGCAGAAGCGGCGCGAGGAGGUGAAUCAACGCAAUGUCCCAGGGAUUGAUAGUGCCUAUCUGGCCAUGGAUACAGAGGAAGGUGUGGAAGUUGUUUGGAAUGAGGUUCAGUUUUCUGAGCGGAAGAACUUUAAGCUUCAAGAGGAGAAAGUUAAAGCAGUGUUUGACAAUUUAAUUCAGCUGGAACAUCUGAACAUUGUGAAAUUUCACAAAUACUGGGCUGAUGUAAAGGAGAAUAAGGCUAGGGUGAUCUUCAUCACUGAGUAUAUGUCUUCAGGGAGCUUGAAACAGUUCCUGAAGAAGACAAAGAAAAACCACAAGACUAUGAAUGAAAAGGCCUGGAAGCGCUGGUGCACCCAGAUCCUCUCUGCUCUCAGCUACCUCCACUCCUGUGAUCCUCCAAUCAUCCAUGGCAACCUGACCUGUGACACCAUCUUCAUUCAGCACAACGGACUGAUCAAAAUUGGAUCAGUGGCACCGGACACAAUUAACAACCAUGUGAAGACAUGUCGUGAGGAGCAGAAGAACCUGCAUUUCUUUGCCCCAGAGUAUGGAGAAGUUGCCAAUGUCACCACCGCUGUGGACAUUUACUCCUUCGGGAUGUGUGCGCUGGAGAUGGCAGUCCUGGAAAUACAGGGUAAUGGAGAGUCAUCUUACGUGCCCCAGGAGGCCAUUAACAGCGCCAUUCAGCUGCUGGAGGAUCCCUUGCAGAGGGAGUUCAUUCAGAAGUGUCUGGAACUGGACCCUGGCAAGCGCCCUACUGCCCGGGAGCUCCUUUUUCAUCAGGCAUUGUUUGAGGUGCCGUCACUAAAGCUACUGGCAGCUCACUGUAUCGUUGGGCAUCAGCACAUGAUUCCUGAAAACGCCUUAGAGGAAAUGACCAAAAACCUUGAUAUGAGUGCAGUGCUGGCAGAGAUUAACCAUGCUGAAGGUGAAGGAAUCAAGAUGAUCUUCUCACAGUCUCCAGCACUGGAACUGGACAAGUUCCUAGAGGAUGUAAGAAAUGGCAUCUACCCACUCACAGCUUUUGGGAUGCCGCGACCCCAGCAGCCCCAACAGGUGGUAGUGAAGUCUCCCAUUGUCCCACCAUCAGUGAAAACCCCAACUCCAGAGCCUGCUGAAGUGGAGACCCGCAAGGUGGUGCUGAUGCAGUGCAACAUUGAAUCAGUAGAAGAGGGAGUCAAGCAUCAUUUAACAUUGCUGCUGAAACUGGAAGACAAGUUGAAUCGACAUUUGAGCUGUGACCUGCAGCCCAAUGACAAUAUCCAGGAGCUGGCAGCUGAACUGGUCCAGCUUGGAUUCAUCAGUGAGGCCGACCAGAGCAGACUUACAUGUUUACUUGAAGAGGCAUUCAGCAAGUUCUACUACACCCGGAAUGGAGCCCUGACGGCGGUCACUGUAUCAUCUUAGCACCCCUUGGCUCCCAGGCGGCCAGUGCGGCUUUGUUGCCUGUGCCCCCUUCUGUGUCUGUCCAUCACCGUAGGGCAUCAGCAAGACCCCAGCUGCAGUGCUUGGAAGCUCAUCCUGCAUGUGCCGUGGCUGGGCCCAGCGACAAUCCUCCCUGCCCGCCUAUUAAAGGGGACUUUGCGCGUCAGUAUUAUUUCCAGCCCUGUUUCUGUUGGGAUUCUGCCAGGUGGUGCCGGGGAGCCGGGUCCUGGCAUGGGGUGUUCUGUAGCCCCAUUCAUGUGCAUGGAGUUUGUUUUGUUUGAAUUGUACAAAGUGUCUUUUGCACAGCACAGAUUUUUUUUUUUAAUUAAAAGGUAAGCAAGGGUGUACAGGGGAGUCUGUAAGCCAUGCCCCCUCUCUGUGCCCCACUCGCAACUGCCUUUGGCAACAGUCACUACCCUCCCUCCUGGGCAGGUGGAGCUGGGGGUGGCCAGGCUCCCACAGCACCUGCCUGGCGCUUUGCCUGCCUCUUCUGCUCCCCUUCGGCUGCACUUUGUUUACUCGUUUUGCACAGCCGUUCACCCCUGCCCCUGGGCCUGGGGGCCAGCAUGGCCCUACCAUCGGUGCAGGGCCGUAAUGUGUGUUGAUACGGGGCUGUGCACCCUGCAGCAUCCUGGAGCCCAGCACGGCCUCCCAGCCCUUCUCUGUGCUACCCCUCGUCCUUUGGGCCCUGCACUGUCUUGGCCCUCUGGGCGUGGGACGGUCUGGACCCUGCAGCAGCCCCGCCUGCAUGCUGCUGGGACUCCUAGGAGUGGUGCUGGGGCUUGGCCCUCCUGGGGUGGCCGGAGGAGCUGAGCCUGUGCCCCCUCUCCCCACGCCUCCGGGGCUCGGCACGGCGCUGCCCCUGCAUCUCAUUUCUAUCAUUUCCUAUUUUUAAUAAACUGUUUUGUAAAUA